CUACCUCCCGGGACGCGGAGGCCGCGGGUCAGGGCAAAGGCGAGUUUAGCUACUUGGAUUGCUGGGCGGAGCUUUGGGCGUCCCGACCUUAGGAAGUCACGUAUCCGCGCGCCUGUGGCCCCAGCUUCUGCGGAUGCUGAGAAUGUUGCAAUUAUUGAAUUAAUACACUCGUAUUGUCUUUGCAAUGUGGACAUGUGAAAUAAUUUGAAGAAGGGACUUUCACGCCAAUCUUGGCCACCUAGUGAGCGGGCCAGGAGGUGUUCAUUACUAUCAUGGUUCGUUUGCUAACUGCAUCGUCGCAGUGUCCCAAAACAUGGGUAUCGGCAAGAAGGGGGACCUGCCCUGGCCGCCACUCAGAAAUGAAUUCAGGUAUUUCCAGAGAAUGACCACAACCUCCUCGAUAGAAGGUAAACAGAAUCUGGUGAUUACGGGUAGGAAGACCUGGUUCUCCAUUCCUGAGAAGAAUCGACCUUUAAAGGAUAGAAUUAAUUUCGUUCUCAGUAGAGAACUCCAGGAACCUCCACAAGGAGCUCAUUUUCUUGCCAGAAGUCUGGAUGAUGCAUUAAACCUUACUGAACAACCGGAAUUAGCAAAUAAAGUAGAUAUGAUUUGGAUAGUUGGUGGCAGUUCUGUUUAUAAGGAAGCCAUGAAUCGCCCAGGCCACCUUAAACUAUUUGUGACAAGAAUCAUGCAGGACUUUGAAAGUGACACAUUUUUUCCAGAAAUUGAUUUGGAGAAAUAGAAACUUCUGCCAGAAUACCCAGGCGUUCUCUCUGAUGUCCAGGAGGAGAAAGGCAUUAAGUACAAAUUUGAAGUAUAUGAGAAGAACGAUUAAUAUGAAAGUGUUUUCCGGUUUAAGUUGUGUUCCCCCUCCCUUUGAAAAAAGUAUGUGUUUUUAUGUUAGAAAAAAAGAUUUUGUUGACUUUAGAUCUAUUGAUAAUUAUUUCUAAGCAACAUGUUAUUUCCCACUAAUCUUGAAUAUAUCAGAUACCAUUUAUGAAAUAUUCUUGCUGUAACUAAAUGCCUCUCCAAGACCCAGACUGAGUUGCCAGCACCUGCUACAGUGAGCUGCCAUUCCACACCCGUCACGUGUGGCACUCUUGCCAGUCCUUGACAUUGCUGGGCUUUUCAGAUGUUGGUAGAAGUUAUUAAAGAUGAAGAUGAGCACACCCUUCAACUGAGCAGUUUCACUAGUGGGAAAUAUCAAAUAUUUCCUACGUGUACAUCCAGAGGUUCGUAGACAAGUGUUUCAGUGAAAAAUUGAAAACGACCUGGAAGUCCAGUGAUGGGAAAAUGAGUCUUUUUCUGUCUUAGAUUGGGGAACCCAAAGCAGAUUCCAAGACUGAAAUUUCAGUGAAAGUAGUUCAUUUGCUAGGUCAUACCAGAAAUCAUCAGCUGAGGUAUUGCUAAAUGGAACUGAGAAGGUAAGAAAACCAGUUUAAAGGGUUGGUUAGGCAAUCAUUAAUUCUAGGGCAGAAAGCCAGUGAGCAGGUUCUCAUUGGUAACAAGCUCCAUACUGCUGAGAUAGCAGGGAAACGGAGGGGAGAAAGCUGGAAUAUUGAUCCCCACUCCUUGGUGGUCAGCUCCCUGUCCUGUGUGUGGGCAGAAGGUACUCCAGCUGCUCUAUAGCAAGUCCCAGGUGUUUGCAGUAAGAAGCUGCUGGAAUGCACGGGGACAGUGAAUGUCAAACACUCAAAGCAAUUCCAUGUGUAAGUAGUUAAGCUCCUCAUACCUUUUUUAUUUUUUUGACAAAGUUUACCUCUAGUUGCCCAGGCAUAGAGCAAUGGCGCGACAUCUGCUCACUGCAACCUCUGCCUUCCCGGGUUCAAGCGAUUCUCCUGCCUUAGGCUCCGGGGUGACUGAGACUACAGACGCACGCCACCAAGCCCGGCUGAUUUUGUAUUUUUGGUGGGGACGGGGUUUCGCCAUGUUGGUUGGUUUGGUCUCCAACUCCUGACCUCAGGUGAUCCAUCCACCUUGGCCUCCCAAGGUGCUGGGAUUAUAGGCAUAAACCCUGCACCCAGCAGAUCUUCCAUUCUUUUUAUGUAGUCAAAAGUAUAAAGCCACACAUAGUUUGUUUGAAAUAUUUUAUAAUUUUAAGAAAUACAGAAGCAGUAAAACAAACUAAGUUCAAGUGAGAGAUAAUGGUAGUUUAAACCAAAGGAUUGCGUGGAGUAAGAAACUUACUUAAGAUAAAGUUGGAGGUAGCAGGAUAUUCUGAGGGAGUUUGACUUUGGAUUUGGGCCCACUGAAUUUGAGAUGCCUUUGAGAAAGGAAGAAAGUAGAGAGAAUAAAAGAAAAACUGGCCGGGUGUGGGACUCAGGCUUGUGGUCCCAGCACUUUGUGGGGUGAGGUCGGCAGAUCACAUGGUGGAGCCCCAUCUCUACAAAAGAUACAAAAAUUUGCUUGACAUUGUGGCACACACAUGUAGUCCCAUCCACUCGGGCGGCUGAGAUGGAACAAUUGAGCCCUCAAGUUCAAGGCUGCAGUGAGUUGUGAUUGUGCCACUGUACUCCAGCGUGGGUGACAGAAGAGACCCUGUCUAGAAAAAGAACCUCAAAACAAUGGGACACUGCCUUGAGAGUUCUAGAAAGUUAUUUUCAAGUGAUAAAUCUAUAUUCAGCCAAAUAAUCAAGGGUGAAGGUAAAAUAAUACAUUUUUAGACAAGCAAAGACUCAGGAGUUACCUCCCUGUACCCUUUCGUGGGAAGCUAGUGGAGGAAAUCCUCCAGCAAAAUGAAGGGGUACACAAACAGAGGAGCCAUGGAUCCAGCAAAUAGAAUCCAACACAGGCAACAUUCCAGCUAUGGAGCUGGCUUAAAAAAAAAAACAGCAAAAAUAUUAAUAGGUUAGCUGGAUGGAAUGGCCCAUGCCUGUAGUCCCAGCUACUCAGGAAGCUAACCAAGAGGAGGGCUUCAGCCCAAGAGUUCCAGACCAGCCUGGCCACCAUAGUGAGAUCCCUUCUCUUAAUAAUAGGUUAUUGCCAGAUUUGGGGCAUUUGGAAAGAAGCUCACUGAAGAUGAAGCAAAAGUUAAAAAACAAGGGGGAAGGAUUGGUUAGGCAAUAAUUAAUUCUAGGGCAGAAGUAAGUACAGGAUAGAAAGUAAGCAUAAUACAGUUUUUCUCAACAAUGAGCAAUAUGUACACUCAUAAUGAUGUGGUGACUGCUUAGCCCCGAAAUCUGGUAACUACUUUGGGACAAUAUGGGAGUAAAAAUGAAGAUCGCGAUGGUGUAAGAGCUAAAUUCUCAUCUGUCAAAUCAAGAAAUCACUGUGUAAUGUAUAAAAUAUUCAAGAAAUGACUAGUUAGGUGAGAAAAAAAUAGAAGACAUUGUUAAAAGAGUUAAAAGUCAUUGCUCUGGAGAAGUAGAAGGGAUGGCGCAGGGGACUGUUAGGGUACAUUAUCAACUGAAGAGGCUUUUGUAAAUUACAUGUAUUAAUAUAUGCAUUCACUUGAAAAACUAAAAAGAUAACAAUUUGGAAAAACCAAUGAAGGUAAAUACCAGAAGGAAAAACUAAGAGAAUGAAAAGCUUGCCCCUGGAAGGAACAACUGGUAGGACUGCUGUUUUCAUAGUAAGACUUUUGGAGCCAUUUAAUUUUACUUAACCAUUUUCAUAUUUUUCUUUCAUAAAAACAGUUCUGUCUUAAUAAAAGAUAUACACUCGUUCAUACAAAAAAUUUGAAGAAGGUAGUAAGAAUCAUAUACUUUAUUUCUGUUAGAGAAAGGCAAUGUGUUAUACUUGGAAAGAGGUCAUAUUUAUUUUACCACCUAAUUUUGGGACUCAGCAUCUAUGCAUUUUCUGAUUUUAAAUAAACAACUUUGCUUAUGAA